AUGACAAUCCAAAACACGGCUCUGCUCAUUAUCGAUGUCCAAUACGAUUUCUUACCUCCAUCCGGAUCACUGGCUGUACCAAAUGGAGACGAAAUAUUACCUAUCAUACAUAAUUUAAUAGACAAGGAGAAAUGGGAUUGGCCAGUCAUAGUAGCAAGUCAAGACUAUCACCCGAAAAAACACAUUUCAUUCGCGUCGUCUCAUCCCCCACAGAAUCCCUUCGAGUUACUCACUCUGACAGAUGCAAGAGGUACAGAGUAUAACCAGACUUUAUGGCCUGAUCACUGUGUGCAAGGAACACGGGGAGCGGAGAUCGAAUAUAGUCUGAAAGACAAAUUAACAAAAUGGGAAGGUGAUGUAAAGCUGGUGAGGAAAGGCACGCAUGAUGGAUUAGAAGCUUACUCAGCUUUCGAAGGAUAUAUAACUGAUUUCGAAAACCCAUCGGAAUCUAGUCCAGAAAGAUCAAAUGAACAUCCUGGAGAACUGCGAUCAGCGGAAGAGUCCUCGUUGAGUCUUUGUCUCAAAGAACGAGGCGUUCAUAAAGUGGUUCUUGUCGGAUUAGCAACGGAUUUCUGUGUUCUGCAAACCGCUCUCUCCGCUCUUUCCUCCUCUUUCAAGACCCUUCUACUCGGUCCAGGUAUACGCGGGAUUUCUCCCGAAGACUCUAAGAACGCUAUGGACAAGAUUCAACAACUCGGUGGAAAAAUUAUAAGUGGUGAUGAUGGAGCUGAUUGGGAAAAUCAGGUUGAUGGUUGGAUCACCGAUGGCUAA